CGUUAUUUUAUUUGUUUCUCAACGGUUACUACUCUUCCCUUGAAGAUGAACACAACUUCUAGGGCUAAAAUCACCGGCGCCGGCGACAAAUCCGGCGGGAAUAUUGCGAAACGACGACGUCACAACACCCUCAAAACGCCCUACGACCGCCCUCCGCCUCAGUCUCCCGAAAAUUUCGGCAUCAAACAGCUUAGCAGCGAUUUUUUCGCCGAUACAUCUCGAAUGAUCGCAAAAGGCGCAAUAAAGUUCCUCACAUUCAUGACUGACACCGAUCACAUCUCCUCCUCUUCCGAAACAGAAGAUGAUGAUGAUGUUGUUAGCUGUGAUGAUGAUGUUUAUGCCCCUUUUGAGGUUAGUAAAUGGAUAGAGAAUGAUAGUACAUCAACAGAGAUGGUCAGAAUGAGCCCGAAAUGGGUGAUCGGAAAGCUACUUCUGCAGGAGACAUUUUCAAAGAAAGAGUCUGACAAACUGAUAGAGAUUAUUAAUUCACGGGUUGUAGAUUGUUUUCCAAUGGGCGAGGGACAGGAUGCUGGUUUAAUUGAGAUGCCUAGAGGAAAAUGUGGUACUGAUGAUCGAUGCGGUACAGCUGUCAUGCAAGACAAACAUUGGUUAAACAAAAAAUCUGUUGAUAUGGUAAAAGCAUAUAUGCAGGCUUGCCCUCCCUGUGCCUCUCCCUCUUUAAGGCCUUCCGGAUUAAGAACACCAUCACCAAUGGCUACUGACCACUAUAAAGAUGAAGCAUUAUCUACGCUCAGCUGCACUUCUUUUCCCUCUACACAGGAAAGAGGUACUCAUUCCGCUCGUUCGUGGAACAUCCAAGACGAGGUACGAAAAGUGCGUUUUAAAGCAGCAGAAGAUAUACUGCACGCCUUCCCAUCCAAAAAAAUUGGCCUUUCCAUUAAUUCAGAACAGAAAACUUUUCAAAAUUCCAUUGUGCCUGGUGGUGGUAGUACUGUCGACAAAAUGCAACUUUCUAAGUCUUUACCUGAUAAAGAAGAUGUAGACGCCUCUGUUAAGUUGCUUUCAGGACCGAGUACUAUCCAUGACUCUAAAGAUUCUUUUGAUUUCGGUCUGAAACAAGAUGGUAUGCAAGCUGAACAUCUCUUUACUAAUCCUAGUACGUCUGUUUCUGAACCUAAUCAGCAUCUAACCGUUGAAGGGGCCAGCACGAGUGAUUCUCAUCACUCCAUGAAUUUGGAGCAUUUGGUGGAGCAGCAUAAUGAGAAUGAUACAAACUCCGAAGAUGGAAUUUCUAGAAGAUUUGAUGUUGCAAAUAGUGGAGCACCAGUUGCCAAUAGUUUAGCAUCUCUAAGAUCUAGUCUCCGCCUAAGGUUAUCAGCAGGUACAGAGCACGAUCCCAAGCAGACUAACAGUAAACUAAGCACUUAUCUCCGUAGACGAAAAAUCCAUAGCACUGCUGAGGGCUCCCAGUCCCAGGAUUUGCAAAACUCAGCUUACAAAGGAGCCAUGAAGAUUAGUACAGCAGGUAAAUCAAAAGAUAGAGAGCAAGGCUUUAAUCUAUAGAAUUUAAAAUCGUACAUUAGUGUAAAUAGUAUGCAUCCUGUAGCAAAUAAGUAGAUGUUUUCGAAAGCAUGCUUAAAAUCUAGAACUUGCAUUAUAUUUCUACAAAUUCGACAAAUCGAAACAAAGCAACAUUAAAAUUCCAUUGGAUAUUCGUUAUGCAUUAUAUUUGGGUAAAUCUUGUCGGGCAUUUGUGAUCGAUUGAGAAGACUAGUGGAGAAUUAAUGCUUAUGUUUGGGCCA